CAGCAGUCUUCUGUGUCUUCUGAGUCCUCUGUCUCCGUCUGUCUCUGUCCUCAAACGUCCUCCUCCUCCUCCACCAUGGCUUGGACCAGAUACCAGCUCUUCCUUGCGGGACUUAUGCUCAUAACUGGCUCUAUAAACACACUAUCUGCAAAAUGGGCCGACAUGUUCUCAGCAAAGGGCUGCCACGACGUGCCUGAACACGGAUUCUCUCACCCAUUUCUGCAGGCCGUGGGUAUGUUCCUGGGUGAGUUCAGCUGUCUCGCAGUCUUCUACAUCUUAAUUUGCCAUGACAGACGUAGACCGGAGCCCAGGAUUAACCCGGGCCAGAGCUUCAACCCUCUCCUCUUCUUACCCCCCGCCAUGUGUGAUAUGACGGCCACCUCCAUCAUGUAUGUUGCACUCAACAUGACAAGUGCCUCCAGCUUCCAGAUGCUGCGUGGAGCUGUUAUUAUCUUCACUGGUCUGCUCUCUGUGGCGUUCCUGGGCCGCCGCCUGGCUCCCAGCCAGUGGCUCGGCAUCUUCAUCACCAUCCUGGGCCUGGUGAUCGUUGGCCUCGCCGACUUCUUCAGCGGCCACCGGGAUGACUCGCACAAGCUCAGUGAGGUCAUCACAGGAGACCUUCUGAUCAUCAUGGCUCAGGUCAUUGUCUCCGUACAGAUGGUCCUAGAAGAAAAGUUUGUCUAUAGGCACGACGUCCACCCUCUACGUGCGGUCGGUACUGAAGGUUUCUUUGGGUUCUUCAUCCUCUCACUGCUGCUCAUCCCCAUGUAUUUCAUUCCUGUGGGCGACUUCGCGAAUAACCCUCGCCAGGUGCUGGAGGACGCGCUGGAUGCUUUCUGUCAGAUUGGACACCAACCUCUCAUCAUAUUGGCUCUGCUGGGCAACACAGUCAGUAUCGCCUUUUUCAACUUUGCUGGAAUCAGCGUCACUAAAGAGAUCAGCGCCACCACCCGCAUGGUGCUGGACAGCCUGCGUACGCUGGUCAUCUGGGUGGUGAGCAUGGCGCUGGGCUGGGAGGUGUUUCACGGCCUUCAGGUACUGGGCUUCUUGGUCCUGCUGCUGGGCGCAGGGCUCUACAAUGGACUGCACCGCCCCCUGCUGCUUAGGAUAUCUUGCUGUGCUAGAUUUGUGAGUGCGGACGAGGAGAGCAGCCCAGGAGAAAGAGAGAGACUGCUGAAUGCCGGCAGAGUGCAGGGCAGUGACGAGAGCUAAAAGUCACUGGUGGUUCACACGCGUUUGGCACAGACGUCAUCCCAGUGGCCGCAGCCGUCUCUGGAAAGACACUGCAUCUUUUUUGGACACUGUCAGUUGAAGCCCUCUUUAUGCUCAUCGUGUCGUACUUUUUAUCUUUGAAUUGAUACGUUAGCAUUUGGGGUAAAAAAGAAAUUGGAGAAAUUCACAUAUUCUCUUUCUUUCUGGUGUCAGAUGACAAGACUGAUAACCGUUCUCAUAACAAUUGGUUGAACAUGAAGCUGUAAACAAAAGACUUAAGGUUAGCUUACCUUUAAAUUACUGCACUGCCAUUACUUCUGUGAAGACAGAAGAGAGCUAUCAGGCUCAUCAGCUAACUCCCAGCAAGAAAGAAAAUAUGUGCAUUUCCCUGAAUAUCAACCUGCUAAUAGAGGGGGCUUUUAUAUUGUAAUUUUUUUUUAAGGGAUUCUUUUAAUUUAGAGAUGUGUUUCUCCAGAAACAAGGAAUUAUGUAAUGAUCUAAAGCCAGUAUUAGCUCCCACUUUUUUUUUAAUUUAAGAAAGUCAAACUGAUGGAUUUGAAGUGUUUUUAGGACGUAAUCACUAAAGCCCUGUUUUGUAAGAAUUGCUGACAAACAAAAUACUUAAAUGAUGAGUCAUUUUAUAUUGUUCCUGAUGCUGAUUUUAAAUCUGUCCAAAUCAGGGGUGUCAAACUCAUUUUUGUUCAGGGGCCACAUACAGCACAAUU